AUGCCGAGACGGAGACGUCCGCCGCGAUCCGGCGCCAUCGCCGAACUGCCGCCCCUGCGCAUCCUCGGCCAGAUCGCCGCCUUGCAGGGCAUCUACUACGCCGUCGCCCUCGUCCUGAUGCUCUUCACCUCGCUCGUCAUGGGUCUCCAGUUUAGCCUGGACAUGGUAUUCGGCUGGGCCAGUCUACGGGGCGACAACACGCAAGGCUGGCUGAUGGGUUUCGUGUGGUUAUGUUGUGCCGGCGCUGUAGUCGUCGCAUUAGUCGUCCUCAUAUCCCGAUCGAAGCUCGUCCUCGACUUUUCCCUCACGCUCCACAUCCUGCACCUGAUCAUCGUAUCUAUAUACACAGGCUACCUACCGCGCAACAUGGCCUGGUGGAUCACCAUGUUGGUCUCGGGCACCAUCACCGUUGCGGGUGGCACAUAUGGCUGUCGGUGGAGGGAACUCCGCCCCAUCACUUUCGGCGGUAUAAGCCGCAAUACCGAGAACAGCAGCAAUGGCUCUCCAGAAGACGGUAGCGGUGACCACGGCGACGAAGAGAUGGGGUUUUCGAGGGGCGGCCGCGGACGAGGUAGAGGUCGCGACGGCCUGGGGGAAUACGAGAUGGCUAGCAUCAAGGGUGAUUCGAAUAAAUAA